CAGGAAAUAUUAGCAUAAGCAAAAAGAUUAAAUAUGACAAACGAAGAUAUGAUGACAUGAUUUGAAGGGCAUAAUUGUAAUUACAACUGGAGAGGGGGUGUUUAAUAAUGAAAGAAGAAUAUAAUAAGUUGAAGGGCAAAGGUUUGGAGAGCUGAUAUAACCUGUGAUCACAACGCUUACCACUCAAUUACAAAAUUCAUCUCAUCUUCAGCUUCACCUUCUUCAGGAAUUAAGACACUUGCGCUCUCAAAGGUCUACUGUAAUAUUUGAAGAAAAAGAUGGGUUACUGGAAAUCAACAGUGGUACCAAAGUUCAAGAAGAUUUUCGAGAAGAACAACGUUAAGAAGGCUGCUGCUGCAGAAGCUUGCAAGACCUUCGAUGACGCUAAGGAGGAUUACAGCAAAGAGUUUGAAGAAAAGAAGAGUGAAACUCCAAGCUAAAGUCAUUGAAAUCUAUGAAGCUUCUGCUGAUGAAAUCAAGGCAGUGGUGAAGGAGAAGAAGGAGGGCACCUUGAAAAAGGUCUCUACUGGGUUGAGAAGUUCCUUGAAGAACUCUCUAAAAUCGUCGAAGAAGAAAAAAGAAGAGGAGGCUACACCCAGCACCGAAGCAGCAGCUCCGGUGGAAGAAACAAGCAGCAAAGAGAAGGAGAUUGUGGUGGAGGAAGAGAAGAAAGAAGAGGUGGUGUGGUGGUGGCGGAGGUGA